UCUCCGCUCCCGCUUUUACACUCCCUCUCAGACUUUAUCUGGUUUGCCCUGCAAGAGGAUCACCCUCGUUUCACUCUGACGACGGGAUAAGACAAGAAAGAGACAUGGCUUUCCUGCACAUUUUCUUCUCCGUGGCUCUUCCUAUUUUUCUCCAGACUUCGCAAGUAUGGGCCAAGGUGGAUGUCACCAUGGAGGACAGCGUGGAGGUGCAUGUGGGAGAGAGGGUGGAGAUCCCCUGUGUUUACUCCAUCACUGAGGAGCCCAGCACCGUGAUGGUGCAGUGGUUUGUGAAACGUGGGUCCAGCAGCCAGCGGGAGAGGAUCUACUACGGAGACGAGAGCAUGCAGAUUGUGGACAGCGACACGGACUUCACGGGGCGGAUCACCAUCAGCCCGGCCGACGAGCGCGGCGAGAUGGUGCUGACCAUACAGGAGGUGCAGCUCGGGGACGAGCGGGAGUUCAUCUGCCAAGUGAACGGCAUGUCGGCCGGGAACGCCGAAGGGAAAACCCUGCUCAAGGUUUUCGAUCCCCCAGAAGCCCCCGUCAUCGAGGGAGUCCAUUCUGGAAUAACUGUGUCCACCCCGUACCCGUCAAAGAUUGCAUCCUGUGAAGCCCGGAAUGGCUACCCCAGACCUAACAUCACCUGGUACCGCAACCUCACCCCACUGAUCCCCUUGCAUGACAAGGUUAACGUGGUUACCCUGGUGACCCGGGAGUCCAGCGGCCUGUACACCAUUCAGAGUGAGCUGCACUACAAGGUGGCAAAGGAAGACAAGGACGCAUUUUUCUACUGCGAGGUCAGCUAUGCUGUCCCUGCAGCCGUGGGGACGGCCGAGUCGAAGCGCAUCAACGUCACCGUCCACUACCCAACCGAAGUCGUGGAGCUCUGGAAGGAGUCCCCCAAAGGGCUGGUGAAAGAGGGGGAUACUGUGCAAAUCCGUUGCCAUGGAGAUGGGUACCCCCCACCACCUUUUACUUUCACCAGAGAGAAACAGCCGGACGUGGAUCUGGACUCCCACCAGGACUUGCUGGUUCUGGAGGACGUGACCCGGGCUGACAGUGGGGUCUAUAGGUGCCACGCCCUGGACCUGGACACUUAUGCUGAGGCUGUGGGUGACAUGCAGCUGACUGUGCACUACCUGGACCCCGCUGUGGUGGUGCCCAGAGACACAGAGAUUCUGCUGAAGGGGGAGAGCCUGACGGCCACCUGCAAUGCCCAGUGCUCCGCGCCCACCUCCACUGUCUGGUUCAAGGAUGGAAAGCCGGUCGGGAAGGGUCACAAGCUGUUCCUGCAGGACGUCUCGUUCGAUGCCAUGGGGGAGUACGUCUGUGAGGUGACAGCGCCCUCUCUGCCAGGACUGCAGACCAGCGGCUCAGUGCGCAUCGUUGUUCAGGGGGCUCCUGAGAUGGAGGGGCUGGAAAGGCCUGCCGAGCUGGAAGAGGACAUGGAUAAGUGGGUGAACCUGUCCUGCGAAGCUCGAGGACACCCCAAACCCACCAUAACCUGGAGCGUCACAGGAAGUCAGACCUGGCGUGAGUCACCGCUCAAGGUGGCUGAGAACAGUGUCCACAGUUCAGUGGCCAUCAAGGUGACCUCUGACACCCAAGUCUCCUGUAACGCCACCAAUAACAUGGGGACAGAUGCAAGGUUCUUCAGCAUCGAAGCCAUUCCAAUGGUCACAUCACCCGCUGCUAGCACUGCAGUCACAGUAAGAGUGACGCCUCCAAGGAGAGUCCAAAAAGAGGGCAACGGCGUGAUCAUCAUUGUCAUCAUCGUCUGCAUCCUCCUCCUGGCUAUCCUGGGCAGUGUGCUCUACUUUCUGUACAAGAAAGGCAAAAUUCCCUGCGGGCGGUCUGGCAAACAGGAAAUCACUAAGGAGAAGACUGGUAAAGAUGACAUUGUCGUAGAAAUGAAGCAAGACAAGACUGAGGAGGCGGUCCUUCUAAAGGGAAUCAAUGGUGACAAGAAGGCCCACAGCGACCAGUGAGGAGCGCAUUGACCUCUGGGAUGGACGGGGGGGUAACAGCAGAGCUCUGAAAAAGCCCUCCCUUGCUCUGCUCAGCUCCACUUUGCCCGGGGAGCCCUUCCUGGAAACACCUGUGCAGAGGCCACCGCUGCCCCGGGAAAAGGCCCCUCACACUCUGCUUUUUUUCAGUAUUUAAGAAUCUGUCCAAAUCCGGUUUAAUUACGCCUCUAGCUCCGUAUCUUUUGGGUUAUUUUUCAAUGUUUCUGUAUUUUUUGGACAGAAAAUACCAUCAGUUUUUUUUUUUUUUUUUGCUUUUUGAAUUACUUUUUUGGUUCCUUUUUUCCUCCAGAACAGUUGUUUGUUUUUUUAUUUCAUUUGCCAUGUGUAAGAUAAUCUGCCCUUUGCUACUGUCCUCUCAAAAAGUGUAUAUAUUAUAUAAAUAUAUAUAUUUAGUUAUUUAAGAUUAACCGCCUGGGAACCUUUUCCGAGUCCAGAAACCCUUUGGUCAUGACCGCAGUUUUGAGUUUGUAUACGGUUGUGUUUUUUGUUUUUGUGCAUCUGGUGGUUGGAACUUUUUUUAAUUCUUGCUUUUUGAUUGGUGGAGAGGGAUAGUAAUGGCAGAUGGGACAGGAAGGCCAUGGAUCCUUGUCUCAGAAUCAUAUCUGCUGUUACGCAUCCCAUCCCCGUUUCCCUUGUUGGCUGUGCCACACUGGCUCCUGUAUACUGUGAGGACACGGUCUUUACACUGAAACAUUUUUUUGGGUAGGAUGAAGCAGGAAAGGAUCACUCCCCCUGCUCCCCCAGCUCUGUGCAGAUUCAUCACUCACUUUCCACUGUACAGCAGCAAGCAUGCUUUAGCAAUUAAUGCCUCUCCCCCAACAAAAACCAGGAUAAAUCCACACAUUAAUAGUAAUACUACUGCCAUUUAUGUCAUAGAUAUUAGAAAGAGCAAUGUUAUACGCGUGGGCCAUGAUCCUGCUGUUGCUCAGUAGCAUCUGUGAAAGCCAGAGAGCUUGCAAUGCCUGUGUGUGUGGAACGUCGAUCCCCUCUGUUCAAGUGGUUCUGUUUUAGGGAAAGUGCCCAGGGGCCCUAAGAUUUUGAAGGACAGUGUUAGUGGGCUGGUGUGGGUCCACCUCUCCUCUUUGUAGCGGAGAGUUGAAGCCAUGUUGGUGACGGCGAGGACCGUGACGUUUGAGAAGGACACGGUGUUGAACUCCUCUCGUCUGUCAAGCUAAAAGGGAGGGUGGACUCCCGGUCACCCGUCCGUCAUCCUUUCCAGGUGACUGUGUAUCACAGGUUGUCUUGAGAACAUGUGGGAGGUACCGUGCCUUGCCUCUCUUUUUGUUGGGUCCAAAUAGCUGUGAUAACCAAUAGGAUAUCUUUUGCCUUUUUUUGUAAACUACUGUCAAGCUUUCAUACUGUUUGUGAGUUGUAUUUACUGUAAAACAGACAAAAACGGAGCUAUGGUCUUCAUUUGUAGAUUUGCAAACUUCCCCCUGCAUUUUUCAUUUUCAUUUGAAAAUUCCAGUGGUUGCUGGAUAGCUCAUUCGUUAAAAAACCACACUGUGGUGCAUGGAGAGCCCUCACAGCUUCGGAUUUAAUCGUGCUUGUGCCAGUGCCAACUGUGGCUGUAGGCUUCAUAGGGCGAUAUGCAGUUGGCCAUUGCAUCACACAGGGUAUGGGAGGGUUCAAUCAGUUAGGGGUCAGCGUUUCAUCACUUUCUAGUGACCCCCACUGGUCGAUCAGGCCACCUAUGGACUACAUGUCAAGGCUGCAUAUAACUGGUCUUCCUCCCACUCUACUCUAUGCAAGCUUGGCUGGAUUCUGUGGUGUGACAGGAAGUUGUGGCAGUGACACCACAUAUUUCAGAGGAGAACUGCAGGUGUCUAUACUAUCCUGAGUUGGCUGCGGGGUUCGUGAAUGAACGCGGCUGUGAUUGCAGAUAACUGGACAUUCCUAAUUGGAGUAGGCAUUGAAUAUAUGCAACUGCAUCGGGCUCCAAAAAUGAAAACAAUAACAAAAAAAAGCAUUGGAAAAAAUGAAGGGGGAACUUUAGAAUUUUUUUUAUUAUUCUCAUGAAAGUGUGGUCGCACUGAGUCUUUAAGUUUUCUUUGUCGAGUGUAUUUCUUGUUUGUGCUUGAUAAAGGCAUUGUGUUGUCCAAAUGCCUGGGUGAUAAAGUGGUGGUAUUCUGGGAUUAAUUUUUGUAUAAAACGUCCAGGUUGAGCUUCUGUUUUGGAGCUGGGGUAAGCAGUUACAGCUCUGAAGCUCUGGUUGAUAAAGAAUUGCCCAUUGCUUUGCAUCAGAAAAAAAAAGAUUGUACAUUAAAGGGUUUAACGUGUGAACACUCAAAGAGACAUAGAGUUAGUGUAUAUUAAUAGUUGUGUGUAUUGCUCUUAAACAUUAUAAAUCAUUUUCUUAGUUCAGAUGAAAGUUUUAGAAAUUGGAUUUAGUUACUGAGGCUUCUGUUUUAGCCCUAAUUAAUCACAUUGCACAUUUAAUCUCACCAGGGGUACUGUCUCGUGUACAAGCUAGCAGUUUUCCUUUCAGUCUACAAAACAGUUUUUGAACCAAAAUAGAAUUUGCAACCCUCAAUCACAGUCUGCAACAGUUAGAUAACAGCUAUAAUGAAAAAUGUCCACACAUUUGUUCUUCGCCUUUCAUUAAUACUGUCUCGGAGGACAAACCCCAAACCGCUUUCUGAAACGAAUCCCAGACACACCAGUCUUUCCGGACAGAGAAACAGACCUGCGAUUCAAUAUAAAUUAUGGCCAAGAAUAGGCAUCACCUUAAAGGCAGCAGGCUUUGCCGGGCUCUGUAUACUGAGCCCAGGGGGUUUUGUCCAUGAUGGCUAUCGUAACUAUCGUUUUGAUUGGAGCUGAAUUUGGGAACAGCGUGUGCCUUUUUGUCAUUUUGGUCUUUUUCAAAAUUAAAAAAAACUAGGGAGAACAUUGCUGGUGGCAAGAUUGUGGGGAACUGACUUAUUUAGUAUGCAUCUCUACUACAGCUAAACGCAUUCAUUUUAAAAACCGUCGUACAACAUAUUAAGAAGCAUUGCAUUAUUGCUUUUUAAAGCAUUUAUUAACACUUGCAGCGCUUCAUCUUGGAUGACAUCAUUAAAAUUCUUAGCUUAUAUAGGUAAAUCUUACAUAGCUAAAUCACAAACUUACAAA